UCUUCAUUUUACAAUUUCACCCACAAUUUUGCUUCAUCUUCACUGUUUCUCACUCAUCCUUUCCUGGGUUAUCCUCCAUUGCAAAUAAAGCUUCCACCUUUAUUAGAUCCCUAUAUUAUUUAUAUUUUCCCAUAUUUACCCUCUAACAUCCUUUGAAUUUGCCGGCCAUUGAAAAAUAACUUGGGAAUUUGCAAAAUUAAAUUUAAUAAAGGGAAUAAGGGAUACCCUUUUGUUUUCCUUUUCACAUUUGGGUUGUGCAAUUUCUUGUUUUUAAUGAUAUUUCAAAGUGGGGUUUUGUUUGAAUCCUUCAAAAUUACUCCUUAUUCAAAGUUGUGAGCUUUUUGUUGGUUACUGGUAGCUUGCUUUAGGUCUACAUUGGCCUAUCUAUGCUUAUUGAGUUUGUUUUGGGUGUAAAGCAAACCCUUUCUUUGCUUCUCUGGAUUCUUAAGGAAGAAGAUCAAGGUGGUUAGGUUAGGAUUUCUCCAUUCCUGCUAAAAGGUGAAGAUGUGUAGGUAGUGGAGCCUGUAGACUCAAAUAAGGUGAUCAAUUUGGUUUUCGUAUUGGCAGAAGAUUAAUAAUGUCAUCUAAUGGCCCCUUGAGUGCUAAACUUACACAGAGAGUUCUGGGUAUUAAGCUCUAUGUUAUAAUUGGACUAUGUGUUGGUUUGUUUAUAGUUGUCAUUCUUUGUAUCUUAUGUGUAUGGGUCACAUUCCGGAGGAAAUCAAGAAGAAGGGUAGACAGGUUUCCCCUUUCUCAAAUUCCGAAUGUUCCAAAGGAUAUACGGGUUGAUAGAAUUGUGGCGUCGGGUCCUCAUGAACAUAAUAGUAAUAAUCAUCAUCAUCAUCUAUCCCUCAAUGUACAUGAUAAAUCAAGUGACAGAAAUUCAGGAAAGAUGUUUGCUCAUUUGGGUAGGAGUAAAUCCAGUGAUGUUGAAACAAUCAGUCAAUGCAGUUCGAUUCAUCACCACGAUAGGGCGUACAGCUCACAUUCUGGGGACGAUGGAAGUUUUGGCACAAUUCCAAAGCAUGUUUCAUUACCUUAUGGCCUUCCAACAGCUUCUCCUUUGGUUGGUUUGCCAGAGAUAUCACAUCUUGGUUGGGGACACUGGUUUACUCUUAGGGAUCUUGAAAUGGCGACUCAUCAUUUCACUGCAAAUAAUAUUAUAGGCGAGGGUGGUUAUGGUGUUGUCUAUAAAGGGCUGUUAGUCAAUGGAACUGAAGUAGCUGUUAAGAGACUUGUGAAUAAUUUGGGCCAAGCUGAGAAAGAAUUUAGGGUAGAAGUCGAAGCGAUCGGUCAUGUUCGACACAAGAACUUGGUUCGGCUUUUAGGCUAUUGCAUUGAAGGGGUUCAUAGGAUGCUUGUUUAUGAAUACGUGAACAAUGGCAACUUAGAACAAUGGAUUCAUGGAGCUAUGCGUCAUCAUGGUACCCUUACCUGGGAGGCUCGCAUCAAGGUUCUUCUCGGGACCGCUAAGGCGCUUGCCUAUCUGCAUGAAUCAAUAGAACCAAAAGUUGUUCAUCGGGACAUAAAAUCAAGCAAUAUUCUAAUCGAUACUGAUUUCAACGCCAAAGUUUCUGAUUUCGGAUUGGCAAAGCUCUUGGAUUCUGGAGAAAGUCACAUCACCACCAGAGUAAUGGGGACUUUCGGGUAUGUGGCACCAGAAUAUGCAAAUAGCGGGUUGCUGAAUGAGAAGAGUGACAUUUAUAGUUUUGGUGUUUUGCUGUUAGAAGCCAUAACUGCACGGGACCCUGUAGAUUAUAGCCGACCUGCCAAUGAGGUCAAUCUUGUAGAGUGGCUGAAAAUCAUGGUGGGGACUAGAAGGGCCGAGGAAGUUGUAGAUCCAAACCUUGAAGUUAAACCUACAACUCGUGCUCUGAAACGUUCGCUUCUGGUAGCACUAAGGUGUAUUGAUCCUGACCCUGAUAAAAGACCCAAAAUGAGUCAGGUUGUAAGAAUGUUGGAAGCUGAUGAGGUUCCAAAUCGCGAGGACCGUAGAAAUAGAAAGAGCCGUACAACGAGCAUGGAGUUCGAGAUCGCCAAGGAGAUUGGUAGUUCAGUUGGUGAUGAAAAUAGUAGAGUGGAAGAUAUUGAUAGCCUUCCAGCACCUGGUACAAAACAAGGAUAGGCGUCGAAUGUCGCAGCAUGGUUUAUCAAAUAUUGGCACAGAAAAUAUGGUGCAGUCACUGCUCGACCGUUGAUGCCUCCAAAGUAAGACCUGUCAGGAGUCCAUGAGAGCGUGAAAUGUUUCUUCAUUUGCCCGUCUUCGGUAAUGGGGUUCGGAAGACAGGGAGCUGGGGAAUGAUUGGAAAUGUUAAGACCAGAAUAGCACCUAUGUACAGAUAACCAGAUAUGAAUAGUGAAUAAUCUUGCUAUCUUUUCUUUAUUGCUAAUUUUCAUUCACGGUGAAUUCUACCCGUUUUAGCUUGCUUUUUCUUUUAAUCUUUUUCUUUUAAACAAAUUUGUGUAUUUAUUAAUUAUCUGUAUGUACGAAGUAUUUGAAGAUACUUUGAGAUGAACCGGCAUAUAACUUCAUGUGUUCUUGUAAAAGAGACAUUCCUUGUCAAAGAAUUUAGAGACAUCGUAUGGAAACAUGAAUAUGAACACUUUUAGUUGUUGGUCUGA